UGAAGAUGGUUAGUUCGCACCCGUCGCGGGUCCUGGAUUAGUUAUCGGAACUAUCCUCUCUUCGAAAGCUUAAAAUAAAAAAGAAAAACUUUCCCUCACUUCUCGUGUGUCUUCUCGAUUAUUGAAAAUUUCUUUUUUUCCCCCUUAAGAACAAAUUUCCUUUUUUCUUUCUUUCACGAAAAUCAUUGAAUUUUUGAGAACGACGACGACGACGACGGCGGAAAAAGUCAACGAACCGCAGUGCAGAUGUUCACGAAUCAGAAGUCGGAUAUUCAGAGGAAAAGAAAUUCGACACAUUUAUAAAAGGAGGAUUUUUUCCUCAAAAAGGGAGAAAAGUUGGAAUCUUUGAAAGAUUGUGUGGGUUCUUUGGGAAUAUUUUUCCAAUGCCUCCGUCCUGAAGAUAGUUGCGCUUCAUUUGCGGAAGAAUUGGCCAUCGUCAGAGGUUUAGAGGGUUGUGGUAAACGUGAAAAGGACAAGAAUGGGUGUUCCUGAUGUUGAUCAGGCCAAAAGGCGAUUGCAGGACAUUUUAAGAAAGGCACAAAAGUUGGAGAUUCCAACGCAGGAAGUUAUUUCAACUAAGACGGCGAGGAAGCUUCUUGCGAGGUCAAAGAAUUUAAUGGCAUGGACGAUUUGGAUAGGAAUCUUUGUAGUCAUAUUGUCAGCGGUCGUUUAUGUACGUUGGCCAACGCAGGAAGUUGAGACUGUCAGAACUGUCCUCAGGAGAACGUGCGGAAAUUCGGGUGACAUUUCUGAACGAGUAGCAGCUUUAAUGCAUCCAUCCUCAACGCAGGACGAAUGCUAGUCUUUAGACAAGAUCCUUAGAGAUCUACGCGCCUUCCAUGAAGAUCUAAAGACCGAUAGAGAACGAGAGAGUGACAUCAAAUGGAACGAGAGAAUUCAAAGAAAUUUUGAGCUCGAUGCAUUUUUAGAUUACAACUAUUUCAUAAGUAAUCUUUUUCGUAAGCUUAAAUUAAGAGUAACACUUAAACUUGAUCCAAUGAUAAAUCUUUCUUACUCGCAAUAAAUAAUUUUUAGUGAGUUAUAAAUAAAUAAAUAUAUGUGACAAAAAAAUGAGCGAUGAGAUUAUUUGUGAAAUGGAAUUUUUGUAUAAAUUACUUUUUAAAACAAAAUAAUAUGUGAAAUAAAUGAUGCGUGUGUUUUUCGCGUUAAAUAAAAGCAUAAUAAAUAAAUAUACAAAAAAAUUGACGUUUCCAAAAUAUUUUGUAUCUAAAAAAAAUGUGUGAAAAUCACAAUCUAUCUAAAAGUAUUCAUUAAUUUAGCGAAAUAUUCCUAGAAUUUCGUAUUAGAGAAUAAUAGAAAACACUUUUUUUUGCAAGAAAUGUAUCAAAAUAUUCCAAAAUAUCUUGACUCCCAAAAUUUUCAUUUGGGAAUAUUUGCGAAUAUCCUGAAAUACAUUGGACGAAUAGGAAAUAUUCCAGAUAUUCCAAAUUAUCCCAAAAUAUUUAAAUAUAUCUAGAAUUAUUUCAGAAUCUAAAUUUUCCAAAAUAUUUUGAAAUAUUUCAAGAUAUUCCUGAAUAUCUGUUAAUAGAAAAAAAUUCCCCAGAUUUAAUAGGAAUUGAGAAGAGAAAAUAUUCAAAAAUAUCUAUGUACCAGAAUAUUUCAGAACAUAAAGGAAAGAAUAUGAAAUGUUUUUGUAACAUUUCAAAAAAAAAAAAAAAUAUUUAAGAAUAUAACAGGGUAUAAUAUACAAAAGCAUACCAAGAUAUUCUUACAAAGAUACUGAAAUAUUACAAAGGAAUAUUUUGGUAUAUGACCAAACGUAGCAGAAAAUAUUGCUAAAAUACUUAUACCAUUAAAAUAAUUCCAAUAACAAUAGUUAAUAUUGUAGGAAUCUAGAAUACAAAGAAAAAA